AUGCUUCAGUAUGUUCCCUAUAUUGAAUACCAUAGUGUGGGCCUUCCAUAUGGUACCCUAGUCACCAAGUUUAUUGAGGCAUCUAGUGUUAGACUUGAUGAUUAUGUGUUCUCCAACUCCAAGUCUGCCAGCAUUACUGUGGCUCGUGUGAUGAAAUUAAGCAACACCUACAAUGCUCGCCGAGAUCGAAUUCAUGAUGCGGAGGAGGACGCACCAGACAAACAUCUUCGGAUUGGGGCAAGACCGUGUAAUAAUGUGCUUGAUGUUAUCCUCGACAGUGAUGAUGAAUCUAAUAGUGGUGAAGGUUUGUUUGUUAGUGAAUAUCGUUAG